AUGGGUAAAUUUGAUCCCGUUCAGAAAGGUGAUGUUGUAUAUAUGUUGCCUUUUCCUUCUUCUGUCGAACAAUUCAACCAAAUAAGAAUAGCUUCAUCAACCCACCUUUUCAACCAUCGUUUGACUUUAUCUCGCAAAACAGGUAGACCGAAAAGAAGAUGGAAUCGAGCAGGUGCAAACAAAGGUAGCGGAGGUGUCGCUGGAGCAUCCGAGACUGCGGUGGACCGAAGGGAACGUCUGAGAAGGCUAGCAUUGGAGACCAUUGAUUUGGCGAAAGAUCCAUAUAUUCUCCGAACCCAUCUGGGUACCCUUGAAUGUCGAUUAUGCCUUACUCUCCACGUGAACGAAGGGUCGUACCUCGCCCAUACACAAGGAAAGAAACAUCAAACCAAUCUUGCUCGAAGAGCAGCAAAAGAUAAUAAAGAUGCUUCGUUGAUGAUUCAAGCUGCUCCAAGUGCAGCUCAGCAAGUGAAGAAAAAGGUCUUCGUCAAAAUUGGUCGUCCAGGUUACAAAAUCAUCAAAAUCAGAGAGCCUGUCAGCCAAAGAAUGGGAUUGUUGUUCACUGUCUCCUUACCUGAGAUCAAAGCCGGAGAAAGACCAAGGAGGAGAUUCAUGUCUGCUUUUGAGCAAAGAAGGGAGAUACCAAACAGGGCAUUCCAAUACAUGGUCCUUGCUGCAGAACCCUACGAGACGAUAUCAUUUGCUAUCCCCUCGAAGGAGAUGGUAGAUCCAGAAGAAGAUCCUGAUUCAACCUGGGAGCACUGGGAUCAGGAUGAAAAAGUGUAUAGUUGUCAAUUCCUGUUCAAAUAG